UUCUCAAAAGCUCAUUACACAUUGUAUACGCACCAGCUGGGCAGCACCUUAUAUCAUUGUCUGCGCUUCAACAUUAUGUACCGAAUGCACCAUUCAACGUGCAGGACUCAUCGCAACCAUGAAUCUUGUAAUAUGCUCCUAUCGUAUACUUCGGCAGUCAGGCGCUUGAUCCAUCAACCAUUAUCUCAGCAUUGCCAGAAAUUCCGCCAGGUGCUCACAGGCACUUCCACUCAUCCACUGGUUGUCCUAAUGCUCUCACCAGGGCUAAAGCACCUAUUCAAUAGCUCCUUUCCUAACACACAGCCAUAAAUUCCACUCAUAAGGAGCACUUAGACGCCUUUCUGUACUUGCGCAAGGGACUUCUCUAUCAAACAUCCCAUACUGGGCUAAUAUCAGUAUUUGUGUUUAUUGCAUCCAUGCGCGUGCGCAUCUAUUCCUGGCCCGGUAAGCCAUAUUCUUCAAAUUCAUAAAAGAUCAGUGUCCUGUCAUCUGAGCAGUUCUGGUACUGUAAAGCAAAACCGCAUAGGCACGGUGCCUUGUCAGAAGAACACAUGCUUGUAUACUCCACACAAAUGCCUCCACCAAACAAAGUAGUAUACACCUACGCUGUCAUCGCCUGCCGAACUGAUCCUACCUAGCAGCAAAAUCAACACAUAUGCAACCAUGGCAACUCUGCACGUCAGCUCAGUCCACUGAGGACUGGCCGCGGUAGCUCACUACUUAUAUCUUUUUUGGCCGUUUAGGUGCACGCAUGCACAGCGGCUCAGCAGGAGACCUUGUAGUUGAUGUUGUACGGGGUAUAUCCAGCGGGUGUGCUGAAGGUGGACUCACUCCAGAAGCCCGAGGAUGCGAAGGGCAUGGCAGACAGAUCCGCGGCAGUCGACCACUCAGCACCGGUGCUGGACGAAUCAGCAGCAGCAGCGUCGGC